UCUCUCGCCAACAUCAUCCCCUCAGGAUACACCCGCCUUCAGCGCUUAUCUCCACAGUAGUGUGGCCCGUCAUGCUGCGCAAUUCUGCUGCACAAGGACGGCAGUUGCUGCUGUCCUCGACUCGUCAACGGACAGCUUCCCAAUGGCUGGCCAAAGCCGGAGCCACUAGCCGGCUCUCCGGUCAGCGGUUCUUUGCCGACUCUAAGCCCCCCACGACUGGUGCGCCGACGCCUGCCUCCCCGUCCUCCGACUCGGUCGUUCCCCCCGAAACCGUGCCCAAGGCGUCGCCCGAGCAAGGUUCGCAGAGUUCUCCGUCGCCCGCCCCGGUCGCGGCCCCGAAAACCGGUCGCUUUCGCCGGUUCCUGCUCUACUUGAUCCUCACUUCGGGUUUCGCUUACGGUGGAAGUAUCUUCCUUGCUCUGAAAUCCGACAACUUCCACGACUUUUUCACGGAGUACGUUCCCUAUGGUGAGGAGGCCGUCUUGUAUUUCGAAGAGCGUGACUUUUACCGCCGAUUCCCCAACACCCUCGGAACCCAGAAGCGCGGGGGCUCCAAGGAUGAAGGCCCCAAGAUCACAAUCCCGAGCAAGAGCGGUCUCUCCUCCAAGGUGGCGGAGGAGGAGGAUGCCGGAACCGAUGUUUCGCAGAGAGGCCCUCAUAUGAGUGCUGUUGAGGCUCGCCGGAAGAGCGAGGAAGCGCAGGUUAAGACCGACGCUGCUAAGCCUGAGCAGAAGACGGCCGCCGUGGAGACGGCGAAGAGCGACAAGUCGUCCAAGGAGGCACCCAAGCUGGAGGAGCCCCGUCAGCCUGCUGUUCCUGCUGUCGCGCCCCUCGAAUUCGCCAAGGUGAACGAGGGCGACGAGGCCAUUGUGCAAGAGCUGGUUAAGACUUUCAACGACAUCAUCACUGUCAUCGGUGCUGAUGACAACUCGGGCAAGUACGCUGGAUCCAUCACAAAGGCUAAGGAGGAGCUUCAGAAGGUUGGAGACAAGAUCAUCGCCGUCCGGGAGGAAGCUCGCCGCGCCGCUCAGGAUGAGAUCCAGCAGGCCCAUUCGACUUUCGAUGAGUCUGCUCGUGAGCUCAUCCGUCAAUUCAACGAAGCCCGCUCCGUUGAUGCCGCUCAGUUCCGUGAGGAAUUUGAGGCCGAGCGCGAGAAGCUGGCCAACGCCUACCAGGACAAGAUCAAGACCGAGCUGCAGAGAGCGCAAGAGCUGGCCGAGCAACGUCUUCAGAAUGAAUUGGUCGAGCAAGCUAUUGAACUCAACCGCAAGUACCUUCAUCAAGUCAAGGAUCUCGUUGAGCGCGAGCGCGAGGGCCGCUUGAGCAAGCUGAACGAACUGACUGAGAACGUCAGCGAUCUGGAGAAGCUCACUUCUGGCUGGAGGGAUGUCAUUGACACCAACCUCAAGACUCAGCAGCUUCAGGUCGCCGUCGAUGCUGUGCGCUCCGUUCUCGAGCGUUCGACGGUUCCUCGUCCGUUCAUCCGCGAGCUCGUUGCUGUCAAGGAGCUGGCCGCUGACGACGCUGUUGUCGAUGCUGCCAUCGCCUCCAUCAACCCCGCUGCCUACCAGCGCGGAAUCCCGGCCACGCCUCAAAUUAUCGAGCGUUUCCGUCGCGUUGCGGAUGAAGUUCGCAAGGCUAGCCUUCUGCCCGAGGAUGCGGGUAUUGCAAGCCACGCCGCCAGCUUCGUCCUGAGUAAGGUCAUGUUCAAGAAGGACGUGGUCGCCGGUAGUGAUGAUGUUGAGAGUGUCCUUGUGCGGACCGAGAACCUUCUGGAGGAGGGCAAGCUCGACGCUGCUGCCCGUGAGAUGAACAGUCUGACUGGAUGGGCCAAGAUCCUCAGUAAGGAUUGGCUCAUCGAAGUGCGUCGGGUUCUGGAGGUCAAGCAGGCUCUUGAGGAAACCGAUGAAACACACACGGCGCCACCCUCUCGGUCUAGCACCUCGGAUUAUCAAAUGCGGUCUGCUAAGCCGCAGUCGAUGCGCCAUUCUGAGUCGAAUGACGGGUCCGAUAGACGACAGGGCCUGCAGAUGAACGAGGGACGCGAGAGCGGGGAGUUGGAGGGCAGUACGCUCACAGGCAGCUCUCGCGACGCGGACAGGGGCAGUCGAGCUCAGCGACGUGUGCAAGGCUCCAGUGGCUUCUUGCUUGAUUCAUCGUUUUUGCCGAGAUCCAAAAGCUUGCGAAAUAGCUACCACCGCCCGCGUCAUUCAGAACCGGACCGCAGAGAGAAACGUGGAGCCCCCGAGAACGAUAUUGUGAAAUCGAAGAAACGAUCGCGCUUUCCUUGGAGUCGCCAGAAGGAUGCAUCAAAGGAAUCGCCGUCCGUAUCAACAGAGGGGGAAACAGCUCAGGAGACACCUACAUCCCACGUGCAGCAGGAGGUGAAGCCGCAGGAAUCACAACCUACGACUGCCGAUCAUCGAUCUUCUAUGGGCUUGGAUAGGGAUUCUUUACAAAUUGUCAAUCUGGCCUUGAACUUGAGUGAAUCAAGGAAAUCCAACACCCUUGGUCGGUCUGCCUCAAAUCGUCUCUCCAGCGGACGAUGGGCCCCGGCAAUUGGCCAACCCUCGCUUCCUCAUACCGAGAGCCACCCACCGAUUGCUGCUGGUAGCCUUGGACAAGACAAUCUUCACCCACGUCGCAAUCUCACUCAUUCUACUACCGAGGAUCGUACGCAAGCUGUUGGAUCAUGGCGUGCCAGUUCUUCGGCCGACGCGGCACCCUCUGUGUUAAGUCUUUUGCCUCAAUCUGCCGAAUCCAACCCUUUGCCACCUGUGUUCUCAGAUAGCACACUCGCCCGCGCGGAACAUGCCAAACAGCACUUCGAACUGUUCUCUGAAUAUUUACGCCUCCUUCCGUCCCUCCCUCCUCUCCGGUCUUACGAUGCGAAUGCUGCAGCUGAGACCAAACCUGUCAAUGACGACACUUCGAACACAGGCCGGUCCUACAAUCCUCUACAAGCUAUCCGUAACCGGAAAGUCAGGUUUCGAGAGCGGUGUCCGAUUGACCCGGACGGAGAAGGAUGGAAUGACAUUGACAGUGUUCGUGAUUGGGUUGACUCGGUAGAGACCAAAUACGGUCGACAGGAACAGAGCCCUUCACAGUGCCUGAGACUACCCCCACUUCCUCACCGGGCUCAAAAUGCACCUCAGAAAGAGCACACCGAAGAGGAACCCUGGGCUGGCUCCCCUCCUUCAAGCUUGCGGCGAGCUAGCCGUACUAGCAGCAUUAAGGCCCGCAGGCCAAGGUUCGACUGGAUAUUAUCACCAUCGGAGCUGCUUGCCGAUGCUGCAUGGGUUGAACACGUUCCCAAUAAGAGCAAAAUCAUCGAUAGGGAAGGAAACUGUCUUUAUCCGGAUCCCGCUGUGCUGGUCGAUCACGAUGCUAAGAGCCUCCCAACCUUUGAAGAGCAGCCUCCUGCUGCAAGAGACUCUCUAGAUGCCGAAGGAUAUACUUCCCGUACCUCAAUGUCUGAUGCGCACCCUGGGUUGGCGCCUGAAUUCAAAAGAAUCGGUCGUGGAAGGCGACGGCAUAGGUUCCGAAGUCCUUCGCCUAUUAUUCCAAGCCACAGUGUCUCAAAGAAGGGAUCAUCAAUCUCCAGAAGACGCAAACUAGGAAUGGUAUCGAGUAGUUCAUCGAGUAUAUCGUCAUUAGAUGAGGUACCGUCUUGGACUGCUCGCAUGGACGAUGUACUGCGCUCCGGACGAUCCAUUUCUCCAACAACUGGCGUGUCCAAACUGCGAGGGUCAGAGGCGUCCCAUGCAGAAAGGCCAGCGGAAACUACAGUCAUCCCAGCGCAAAGCUCUGCUGGCAGAGCCAAGGUUGAGGAGAAGAGCGGUUCUGUAUCCUCCGCACCUAGCCGAGAGGAUCGGCACGGCCCUCUACCAUCCUUCGCAACGAUAGAUCCCAAGGCGCCUAGUACACCUCUUCAUAUGGGCUAUUUCCCCAGCAUUGCAUCUAAUUUAUCAUCUCCCUCGAGUCGCUCACCAUCGCCUUCCAAGGGACGGCUUUCACGAACCAUUGCUUCUCGCAAUGACCAGGGCAGGCACGAUGAUUCAAAACAGAAGGAUAUAACUGACGAGAGCAUGGUCGACUCUGAGGCACUGCGUAACAACAGUGCCCCCAAACCUGAUGUCUUGCCUCCCCCUGGGAGAGCCGAGUCAAGCCCACUUCUGGAGCGAGUUUCUCCUGCUCAUCAUGGCGAUCACGCAAGACCCAGUUUACAUAUUCGGAAGGGAUCAAUGCAACACGAAUCCAAAUUGCGUGGUAUCCUCAAAGGACCCGGAAAGAUUGCAGAAAAAGUCAGCAAUGAGGUGUCGAAAAUGGGAGGCCUGAUAUUGAAGAAAGACAAUACUGAACAUUCUCGACAAUCGUCUUUUGCGACCAGUGCUACCACAGACGAAGGGGAUGUUUCCGAUGGUAUGGAUCAUUCUACCAAGACCAAAGAUGCCCGUCUUGAGGAAAUCAGAGGAGACGGCAGCAAUGGCUCGGCGGUUCCUUCACAUCAGAUGCCUAUCUCGUCGGAUGAAGGGGAUCGUCUUGCGCACAGAGGAUCAGACAAUACAGCUGCGGAGAUCUCUUUGCCCUCGCCAGCGGCUUUUAUCUCUCCUCGAGCCGACGUGGAAGAGGAGCAUAAGACGUCCGAACAGGGUGGCCUAUCCAAGGAGGAUAUGCACUCACAAACACAAGGCACGAGGGAGUUACAAGGACAUGGCAAAAGUCUUUCGACUCCCCUAAUCAGCAAACUAAACACCCAUGCUCCGAUUGGCAAGCCUGAGAAAUCUCUUAGUUUCGGACCCGAACUACACACUGUCAGGGAACAGAUUAAGAAGGGCAGAAUCAAAGACCCGUCGGUACCAUUCAGUAUGACGCAUCCUCCGGUUACUGGUCUUGCGCAAGCAAAGGUUUCUCCUGCUUCAACGUCUCAAGAGAGACGACCAACUACUACAAAUCAGUCAAGGAGCUGGAGCAUUUCUGAUCGGAGUAUAUCCACUAGCAUCGAUACCGGAAUCCCUAGCAAGCGAGAGGUUGAACGUACACGUGCUCUUUUGCUUUCCUCGGGGAUCAAAGCACGGGAGAUUACUCGGCGGGCGGAAAGUGUACGGAGUCCUCCUGAUUUCCUCCACCGAGCAUUCGGGCCUAACAGCCCAAUCCCACCUGUUCCUCGCUGUCACGAGUAUGAGCUGGCCGUGCAGACGUUAGUCCGGAGAGUUGAAACAUCGCACGAUCGCUUUCAGCAUUCCAUCAAAGAUUACCCCGGGGAUGAAUCGUCAUCCUUGAAGGUUCGCCUCAACGACCUUGAGAAUAUGGUCAACGAUUCCUUGAAUCCGCGUGUCCGAGCUGCAGCCGAGGAUGCUGAGAAUCUCAGCGUUCAACUCAACACGACCAGUACCCUUGCCGUCAAGCAACUGAAUGACACACUUGACAGAGGUAUCCGAAAACGCCACCGGCGGCUGCGUUGGAUUCGCCGUGCCGGGUUUGGAAUGCUCGAAUGGGCGCUCGUGGGAGUACUAUGGUGGGUUUGGUUGAUUGUCAUGGUGUUCAAGAUCGUUCGCGGUGUUCUUCGCGGCGUAAUUUCUGGGGUUCGAUGGGUUUUAUGGCUCUAAGAGGCUCCAUUUUUCGGCUUCUGGCAAAGCCUUCCCUUUUGACUUGAUUUUCGUUUUUAUAUACCCCUUUUUCAAGUUUUUUUUGUCUAACUUUCUCUCCGCUUGUUUCUUCACCUAUAUUUCUUCUCUUGUUUCUUCUACCCUGUGUUACUACCCAAUAUUCCCUUUGCACGCAACCUAAUUGUACAUAAUCAUAAUCCGUACCUAAUCAUGAUGCUUCACCAC